AGUAAAGUGACGUCUCGUUCUUUCUCCCAGGACGUGUUCCUGAUGAUCCGACGUCACAAGACGACCAUCUUCACAGACGCCAAGGAGUCGACCACAGUGUAUGAGCUGAAGCGCAUCGUGGAGGGUAUACUGAAGAGAGUGCCUGAGGAGCAGAGACUGUACAAGGAUGACAUGUUGUUAGAAGACAGUAAGACACUUGGAGAUUACGGUUUCACAAACCAGACAGCGAGACCUCAGGCUCCUGCUACAGUGGGACUCGCCUUCCGCAUCAGCGACGAAGUGUUUGAACCUCUGCGUGUGGACACUUUCUCCAGUCCUCCAGAGCUGCCAGAUGUGAUGAAGCCCCAGGACUCGGGCAGCACGGGGAACGAGCAGGCUGUACAGUGAAAGACGGGAGAAUGCAGGAUCUGUGGGCGUGUAUGUGUGUGGGAAUCUGGGCUGUGUGUGUGUUCUUGGAUAUAGCAGGGUGUGGGGUGUAUGAGAGGUGGAGUGUGUGUGUGUGUGUUUGAUCCUGUGUGAUGUGACACUGAAAUAAAUGUUGUAAUUUUUCCAUCGAUGCUUCAACCUUCACACUAUGUUUAAACACCUCGCACAACCUUGUGUGUGUGUGUGUGUGUGUGUGUGUGUGUGUGUGUGUGUGUGUGUGUGUGUGUGUGUGAGACACAAGUCGUAUUAACAGUAUGUGCUGUGAGAUUGUUCAUCAUUUGUAAUAUUAUCUCAUUACUUUGGCCGUUCAGCAUGGGAUUAAGUCGAGUUAGAUGCACACGUGAGCCGACUCCUGAAGGGCUUAAUAAUUCAGGUGUUGAGUCGGAUCGUGUGUGUUUUGGAGAACCAGCCGUGUCUCCUGGAGCUGCAUGUGCACUUCAUUCACCAUGGAGAAUGUGAGAUGUUAUCCCGAGAACUGCUGGUAUUAACGUGUUUAUUUUCCCCUCACUGUGUGUGUGUGUGUGUGUGUGUGUGUUCUGAUAUUGUUGAUGCUGAUCAUAUUGUUUUGGAUUUUUUGUGUGUAAGUUAUCCAGUGUUAGUUAAAAAAACCAACCAAAAAAAAAAAAACAUGUCCAUGUGUUUAUUUCCAUCAUUUUUUUUUUUUUAUUUAAACCAAAGGGGAAGAGUGUCUGUGUGUGUGUGAGAGUGUCUGUGUGUGUGUGAGAGUGUCUGUGUGUGUGUGAGUGUGUCUGUGUGUGUGAGAGUGUCUGUGUGUGUAUGAGAGUGUCUGUGUGUGUGUGAGAGUGUCUGUGUGCGUGUGUGUGUGAGUGUCUGUGUGUGUGUGAGUGUCUGUGUUUGUGUGUGUGAGAGUGUGUGUGUGUGAGAGAAAGUGUGUGUGUGUGAGUCUUGUUAAACACAAGGUGUCUGUAAGCUGUAUCCUGUAUAAACAGCUGACUUGUUUGAGACAACGCUGACGUUUUCACACCAAUAA